AAAAUAAUAAUUGGCUUAAGCUACUAGAAAAACCCAGAAAAGAACCAGAAGAUCCUGAAGAAGAACUAGAAGAUCUUCAGGAAAAAUUAGACAUAGAUACAGAUGAGCCAGCAAAUUGUUUAAAUAUUAAUAGUGAUACAGAACCCAUCUUAGCUAAAUGGUCCAACUGGUUACGAAGUGAUUCAUAA